UAAAAAUGCGCUCCUCCGCCUUGUCACUGGUGUUGUGCGCAUUUUCUUGACAAGCCCGUGUUCCCACAGCAUGUUGCUCGGACUCAGAGGCUCAGCACUGUCUUCAUACAUAACCAUUAAAACUCUCUCGGACGCCUAAUUAGGCAGCAGACCACGCACAGCGCCGCUGCAGCACCUGUUCCCACCUUCACAGAGAAGAUGCAGGAGAUGGGCGGUACCCAUCGAGGCUCUCAGCGGGUCUUCAGCGUCCUGGAUCGUCUGCUGCUCACACAUCCUGUGUGGCUGCAGCUGUCACUCAACCAAGACUCUGCCGUCUACAUCCUGCUCAGGGAGCCUGUUGGGACCUUUUUGGUGCGUAAAUGCAGCUCCAGCCUGAGGAAGGUGCUGUGUUUGAGAGUAACAGCGGACAAAAGUGCCUCCUCUGUUAAGGAGUGCUUCAUCUGUGAGGAGGACUCCACGUUCGCCUUGGAUAGCUCAGCGCUCACCUUCCCUGACCUGUGUCGACUGGUGGCCUUCUACUGUAUCAGCAGAGAUGUGUUGCCCUUCCCGCUGCAGCUACCAGAGGCCAUCGCUAAAGCCACAACACACAGGCAGCUGGAGGCCAUCUCGCACAUGGGGCAAGACUUCUGGAGCACACCGACUGCUUCAGAGAUUCAAAACGGACCGGUGGACCCGGUUGUAUCGGCCAGCAGCAGCCAGGUUCAGCUGGAACGAUGUACCCUGCUGACCCUGGGGAGACCAGGCAAACUCUGCUUCAUCAACCCGCUCUUCCUACAGCUGGAGGUUAGCAAGCAGCCACAACUCAUUCACCACAGUGCCUCCAAUAAACGGCACCGCUUCAAGCGCAGCAUGCGGCUCCGGCUCUCAGAGUCCUCCAUGAAUCUGUCCCUGGAGGGGAUCGGCUCCUACUCGCCUCCCUCUUCCUUGGAGCUGCCCGGCGGGUCAGAGAGGCUGCAGAAGGGCGACACUAACCCACAGAGAAGAAUUCACCCUGGGGCGGGAGUCCUGCGGAGAACCCCCGCCGUAUCACCGGGUUCUGCAGAGGAAGAGGACACGACGUCUGUCUUUGUGCCACAAGUACUGCGUACAUCUGCGAAGGCGGAGGAGCCUUCACAGCAGUCGGCCCAAGCAGUGGCGUCAGGCAUCGAAGUGGCAGUUCUGGCCCUGGAGCGCCGCCCAGCUCCGUCCCUGGCCGAGCUCGACAGCAGCAGCUCCUUCAGCAGCAUGGACGAGGACAAUGACUCGGAUUCAGAUCCAGAAAGCAUGGCCCAAGCCCAAAAUUACAUCUACCAGCGCCCGCCGCUUGUGCGCUCUCGAGGAGGCCGCGGCGGGCUGCACCGUAUGAGCGAGGCGUUUGUGUGUUUCUUUGCUCCGGACAAGCGGCUGACGCGACUGGUGGAGGAGCUGUCCAGAGACAGGCGCUCCAUCUUUGGGGGCAUGGUUCAAGACUUCCUCCUGCUGCAGAGAGGAGUGCUCAAAUCCCUGGCUUCCUCUUCUUCAUCCACUUCCUCGUCACGUGUGACCUCUGUGCAGCUCCUGCAGGGUCUGCGCCUCUUCCUGUCCCAGGCAAAGUGCUGCCUGCUGGACAGCGGAGAGCUGGAGCCCCCCAUUGAAACCCUGGUGCCAGAGAACGAGAAAGACCUGGCGCUGGAGCGGGCCAUGUUCUCCUGCGUGCUCAGGCCCCUGAGGUCCCACCUCGAAAAAGCUCUGGUUGCGUCGCACAACCAAGACGGCACCAGCCAGCGGCUCACCCAGAACAUGAUCCGUCUGAAGGGGGACGUCGCCAUGGAGCGGCUCGGGGUGCGGACGGGCGUCCCUGACAGCCGCGAGGUGGAGAGGGUGAAGCAGAAGCUGAUGCUGAUGCAGCGGACGCACUCGCCCAUCGACAAGGUGCUGCUGCUGCUCCAAGUGUGCAAGUGCGUCCACAAGGCCAUGGGGUCCUUACACGGACAGGAAGUGAGCUGGGAAGACUUCCUGCCGUCGUUGUCUUACGUGAUUGUGGAGUGUAACAGGCCCCACAUCCUGAUAGAGGUGGAGUACAUGAUGGAGCUGCUGGAGCCCUCCUGGCUCGGAGGAGAGGGUGGGUACUACCUGACCAGUGUGUAUGCCAGCCUGUGUCUGAUCCAGAGCCUGGACAGGGAGCAGCCGUUCUCAGGCUGCCUGACGCCGGAGGCCCAGGAGGCUCUGAAGGAGUGGAGCUGCAGACGGAGCCUAGAGGCCCGGAAACAAAAGGAGAACCAGCAGAGCCAGAGGUGCGUUCGGAUACUGUUCCAGGACGGGGAGCGGAGCGCCGUGCGGACGUUGCAGUGGAGUGCCGGGGAGACCAGCCAGGCCCUGGCGCAGCUGUGCGCCACCACCUUCGGAGUGUCCGACCCGCAGCAAUACACCCUGUACUGGCGCAGCGGCGGCGAGAUGAGGCCCCUGCCGCCUCAGGCCCAGCCCCAGGACCUGGCCAGCCACAGCGAGGGAGGCCCCUCGCUCUCCUACCUGAGGACCGACCAUGACUUCAGCAAGAUGCGGCGGCUCACCAGAGGUGGCGCCGUGGACCUGAGCGAGUCGGUGUGUGAGGAGUGAGUGGGAGGGAUGGAGGAAGGAGGGAGGAGGAGGGGGAGGAGGAGAUGGAUGGUUGCUCUCUCUUUCUCUCUCUCGUUCUGUCUCUUUCUCUCCGGGCGGUGUGUCGUGUCUCGUCGUGGGUCAGGACUUGUGACAAACUACAGCCCUGCUCCAGACUCGGAGCAGACCUUCAACGGUAAACUCUUUCCUAAACGGACCAACAUGCAGAGCACAGCAGGACCAACAUAGGGACUGUUGCCAAAGGUUGUACUAUGUACCACUCAGUGUGGCUGCUGGUGUAACGGCGUGUUCUACUAUUUGUGACAUGGAAAAUGUGUAAUAAAUGGAUUUGGUUGUUAUUUGAAACAUGAACCCAGAGUUAUACCAUGAAGGGAUUACAUCAUUAAAACGUGAGGAGGCUCAAAUCCAAAGACAAAUUGUGUGAGACGACUGUUGCCUGGAAACAAAAUCACUUCCUGUACGCACCGUGGUGAUGUAACCCUUUCACAGUGUAGUUCUGAGAGAAAUCUAAAAGACACUUGGAUGUUUUAUUGCUUCACUUUUAUGUGUAAAAGUCUGCAGAUCCUCGGACGGAGAGUUGUUAAAGGGUUUGUCUGUGCCCCCUGGAAACCUCAGUACCAAAGUGACACAAAACAGAUAGAGAGAGGCCAUUUUGUGAUACAACAGGUGUUUACUUUGAAAGGAAUCAGGUUUACAAGCUCGAGGGAAGCUUUAAAUCAGUGGUUAUUUUUAGAAUCACCCACAGAGACACUCUCAUUUGAGCUUUUUGGAGAAAAAGCACAGACUCUCCUCCUUGCUCGCGUAUUCUAUUAAGUGUUGUUGGCAGGUGCGGUAAUGGGCGAGUAGGAGGAAAGUGAUAGAAAAGCAUCAGCUCUCAGACAACCUGCAACAGAUUUACUGAAUGACUUGCGAAUGUAUUAAAGUGUUUUCCUUUUGUCAGACUUUAACCCUGCUUUUUGAGUUCUCUUUGCCAUCCUGUAAAAAUAACACCGCGUUGCAACCCGGACAGUCGGACCAAUAAACCAGCACCUCUGGGUGACUGGUAGAAUGUAAAGUCACCAGCUUCUGGCGACUCCUGCUGCAAGUCAUCACUAUCAACGGACUGUUGGACUCAGUGUCACUCUCAAUUAUCAUAUUGUGUAUUUUAAACUAACUUUUAAUUGUUCAAUUUGUUGGGUAGAUGUCAAACCUAAGUGUGGAUCUUUCAACCGUUUUUAAAUCCGCCCGAGGAGGUUUCACUUUUGGAACGAGGAUGUGCUUUUUGAACAUUAUUGCAUGCUUCUUUUCAUUUAACGUGAAGGUUUCUGCGAGUGUGGCGUGUGUGCGCGUGAAGCAUGUGUUCAUUGUGAGAGCUCACUAUUUUCUUUUCUCAGUGUGAAGAACACUUUACUGUAUUUUGUCAGGUAACUGAGUAUCGCAAUAAAAAAACUAAAGUUGCAAUAUCUGUU